GGCGGGCCCUGCGCGCUGAUGGCUGCGGGCAGCUGAGGGCCCCGCGGCGCGCCAGGGAUUGCCCAGACCCUCCCCUCGCCCGGCGCCUCUGCUGCCGCGCUCCCCGCGGGGAUCCGCCCCGCUGCCCGGCCGGGCGGGCGGGGGGGGACAUGGCGGCCCACAAGCCGGUGGAGUGGGUGCAGGCCGUGGUGAACCGCUUCGAUGAGCAGCUUCCAAUAAAGGCUGGCCAGCAGAAUACCCACACCAAAGUCAGUACGGAACACAACAAGGAGUGUCUCAUCAACAUUUCCAAGUACAAGUUUUCCCUGGUCAUCAGUGGUCUCACUAAUAUCCUAAAAAAUGUCAAUAACAUGAGAAUAUUUGGAGAAACUGCUGAAAAGAAUUUAUAUCUAUCUCAGCUGAUUAUCUUGGAUACACUGGAAAAAUGCCUGGCAGGGCAACCAAAGGAUACCAUGCGACUCGAUGAGACUAUGCUGGUGAAACAGUUGCUGCCAGAGAUCUGCCACUUCAUCCACACCUACCGUGAAGGGAACCAGCAUGCGGCUGAGCUGCGGAAUUCUGCCUCUGGGGUUCUUUUUUCUCUGAGCUGCAAUAACUUCAACGCUGUCUUCAGCCGCAUUUCCACCAGAUUACAGGAGCUGACAGUUUGUUCAGAAGAUAAUGCUGAUGUUCAUGAUAUUGAACUUUUACAGUACAUCAGUGUGGAUUGUUCAAAACUAAAGCGGCUCUUGCAAGAGACUGUGUUCAAGUUUAAAGCCCUUAAGAAAGUAGCUCAGUUAGCUGUUAUCAACAGCCUUGAAAAGGCAUUUUGGAACUGGGUGGAAAACUAUCCCGAUGAAUUCACAAAGCUGUAUCAAACACCACAGACUGAUAUGGCUGAUUGUGCAGAGAAGUUGUUUGACUUGGUGGAUGGCUUUGCUGAAAGCACAAAACGUAAAGCAGCAGUUUGGCCCCUGCAAAUCAUCCUCCUGGUCCUGUGUCCAGAGAUAAUCCAAGACAUAGCAAAGGAUGUGGUAGAAGAAACUAAAAUGAACAAGAAACUGUUCCUGGACAAUCUCAGGAAGGCACUUGCUGUCCACAGUGGGAGCAGACAGCUGACUGAAAGUGCUGCUAUUGCUUGUGUUAAACUGUGCAAAGCAUCUACCUACAUCAACUGGGAAGAUAACUCCAUCAUUUUCCUUCUAGUGCAGUCCAUGGUGGUAGAUCUGAAGAAUUUGCUGUUCAAUCCAAGCAAACCCUUUUCAAGAGGCAAUCAAAACGCAGAUGUGGACCUUAUGAUUGACUGCUUAGUAUCCUGCUUCCGCAUAAACCCUCACAAUAACCAACACUUCAAGAUCUGCUUGGCACAGAAUUCCCCAUCAACGUUUCAUUACGUUCUGGUCAAUUCGCUUCACCGAAUAAUCACAAAUUCUGCACUGGACUGGUGGCCCAAGAUCGAUGCGGUGUACUGCCAUUCCAUGGAGCUGCGCAGCAUGUUCAGCGAGACCCUUCACAAGGCGAUCCAGGGCUGUGGCGCACACCCGGCCAUCCGCAUGACGCCGAGUCUUACAUUUAAGGAGAAAAUGACAAGCCUUAAAUUUAAAGAAAAACCUACUGAUUUGGAAACCAGAAGCUACAAGUUCUUGCUCUUAUCCUUGGUAAAACUGAUCCAUGCUGAUCCAAAGCUUUUGCUCUGUAAUCCAAGGAAGCAAGGGCCUGAGACACAGGGUAGCACGGCUGAACUGAUUACAGGCCUUGUACAACUGGUUCCCCAGUCCAGCAUGCCAGAUAUAGCACAAGAAGCCAUGGAGGUAAGGA